AUGGAGACAGCGGCAGCAGCUUUAGACGACGAGGCCGGGCCCUCACCAGCUGAGCCAGCAGCUGAGGGGGCCGCUGCCAUGGCGGAGGCUGCAGCGCCAGAGGUAGCAGAGGUGGCGGCACCGGAGGCAGCGGAAGCGGCGGAGGUGACGGCACCAGGGGUCGCCGAGGUUGCCAGCAGCUCCGCACCACCGGCGGAGGAGGAGGAGGAGACAGAGGUGGUGCUGGAAGGCGCCUCCUCCCAAUGGGAGAAGCUGGAGGCCGAGCGCCACCGUCUCUCCGACUGGGAGGUCCGUCUGGGCGACCGCAUCAACUCCGUCUCCGCCCGCUACGCUGAGGAGCGCGCCAAGCUCGUGCAGGGGCGCGAGCUUCUGCAGGAAGAGCUGGAGCAAGCUCGCAUCCGGGAGGCGGCGGCGCUCCAACGGGAGAAGGAGGCCGCGCGGCGGGAAGCGGAAGCCCUUAAGGGGCUGAUCGCCGUGGAGGAGAGGAUGGAGGCGGUAGCGAACAGGGAGCGGACCGCCCGAGAGCUGGCGGCCGAAGUCAGGAGGGCGUCGGCAAUCGUCGAGGCGGAAAAGUCCACCCUGGCAGAUUUGGCAGCGGCGGUGGCAAAGAGAGAGGAAGGGCUGGCGGCCCGCGAGGCCGAGGAGGCCCUGGACACCACUGCCGAGCGGCUUCGGGAUGUGGAGGCCAACAUCCAGGACCUCCUGGAGACGGAAGGGCGCGAAGUUGCUCGGGGGGUGGCGGAGUACAUUCUCACCAGUUUCCGGAGCCAUGACCCCGCCAUCUAG